CAUUGCUCGGAGCUGCAAGGCGGGGAGUGACUGUGGUGUGCACCAGGGAUGCGCUUUAGGACCACUACUAUUUAUUGAAAAGUUAGUGGCGCAGUGUGCAGUGUGAGUUCUCAAGUAGUAGACACUAGCAGAGAUGGCCGUAGCGCAGACAUUGCUGAUGAUAUUCGUGGUAGUGGUACACCUGCUGCUGAAAUAUGAAGCGUUCCCUACAGUAUCGCCCUUUAGAUGCUCCAGGACCAGUCCAAGACUAAACGAAUGUGUCAAGGAGGGUCUAGAAAAUGUCCUAAAGUACUUCAAAUCUGGUAGCAUGCUGCUGGGAGUACCCCCGCUGGACCCGAUGGAAGUUCCAUUCCUUCAGAUCAAACACGACGAACACAACCUGACUUUAGACAUCAACAUGAAGCACGUCGUCAUCACUGGCUUCACAGACAUCGAAAUUGCCAAAGUCACGACUAUUCUAGACGACAUCAACAAGCUGGAAGUUACCGGGAAGACACCGUUCCUGCAUAUCACAGGAGAGUACAACAGUGAAGGAUUGAUAGUAAACUUCCCUCUUCACAGUGCUGGUGCCUUCUCUGUCAACAUGACUGAUGUGACGUCAUCAUGGGUGGUGUACCUGAGGGAGAUAUCACGUGAUGGAGUCAAACAUCUGGAGAUUGACGGGUUCGACAUAGACAUGAUGCCAAUAACAAUCUCCUUCAGACCUGCUGAACAGCUGGAUGGUGACAAUCAUUUGGGUGAGGCAAUGAAUGUCAUUUUGAAUGAGAACUCCAACGAGAUCUACUCCAUAAUCAAGAAGAAGCUGGCGUCGGUUUUCAGCGGAGUUUUGACAGACUUUGCCAACCAAGCUUUGAGUCAGAUCCCGGAGAGAGCUUACCUCGAGUAAGAAGAAGAAACCGGUAAUGGAUAAUAUCUGGAAAGCUCUGUUGAAAGAGUCACAAAAGGAGGAACUCCUUGAAAUAAGAUACCAGGGAGGAGGAGAAGUUCCGAUACUGUGAUACUAGUUAUGAUGUCAUAGAUCAUAGAGUUUAUUGAGCAGUUUUGAAGGCUGAGCAACAUUUUUCACACAAUGUAAAACGUGAAAAUAAUUAUGUGAUGAUAGUAAUUUAUGUACUUGAUUUAGUAUAAGCUGUACAAUCUAAUAAGAUCGAUUUCACAAACCAUUUGAUCAACAAUGAAUGCGUAAUCUAUCUCAAUACUUAAAACAUCAACAUUAUUUAAUCUUUGUAAGUCAUUUUUUAUCAAAUUCGUUGAGUUUUAAAUUAUUCUUUAUGUCUUCUUUUCAGAACAUUGCUCAAACUAAUAAGUUUUUUUGUUAACAGAUUAUUUUUAGAGUACAAUAUGGAUUAAAAAUCGUUUCAUAUGCCUUAAGAAGUUCCAAUUAAUUUAAAUUAAUGCAGGAAAUUACAAUUGUUCUGUAAUGUAUAAGAAAGCCACAAAUAAGUUUACUCCAGUCAUUACAUUACUGUAUAUGUUUUAUGUAAGUAUAUACUAUACAAAAUACUAUUCAAAUAACUUUUGGCAAAACAUUAUGGUAGAUACUUUAUCUACCUUCAAAUUUUCCAUGCUCAAGUUUUUUAUUAAUGUGAUUGUGUAAAUUACUAUUUAAAAUUGAGUGAUUUGUGUUGUUGUUAGCCUUAAAUAAGUAGCUUUAAAACAGAAUAUAUAAACUUUGUAUAGGUUGGAAUGUUUUGUUAUAUCAAAGUGUAUUUACACUAGGUGUUCUAAUAGUAGCAUGCAACGUGAUUUGUGAAAGUUUUAUGAUGUAUAUAUUUAGUAUUUAAGGGGAAAACGAUUAAGCUUUAGUUUUAUAUACUUUGUACAAAUAUUAUCAUUGACGCUUAAUUAAUUUCUUUGUUAUUUAUUGUUUAUGUGAAUCACGAAUAAACUUAUUUUUACAGUAAA